AUCAUUUCCCUUUCUUUGAAUGAAUUGUCUCAAGUGGUCAAUGGUCAUAUUUAUUUCAGCCUGAAUAUUCCAUGCUACAGCCGUUGUGAUUAUUUAAGGAGCAAAAACUUGUUCUUUUCCACAGAUCUAGAAUUCGCCAUGGAUGUUGAAGGAAGAGCCAGCAAGGGAAAGCCUCUCACUCUGAACCUUGAACAAGGUCAAGAAAAGGGUACCCAAAAUGAUGAUUAUGGUCUCGCUUCUGCUCAUACCAUUGACCGAGAUUCGUGGCAACAAGUAGGGUUGAUGCUGGUGACAAGCUUCAAUUGCGGGUGGAUAUUAAGUUUUUCUAAUCUGUGUUUGUGGCCAUUGGGUUGGACUUGGGGUAUCAUAUGCCUUAUUGUUGUGGGAUUCUACACUGCCUAUGCAAACUGGCUCUUGGCAGCAUUUCAUUUCAUUGAUGACCGCAGAUUCAUUAGAUACAGAGAUCUUAUGGGAUAUGUUUACGGCAAGAGUAUGUACCACCUCACCUGGGUUUUCCAGUUUUUGACCCUUCUUCUUGGAAAUAUGGGUUUCAUCCUCCUCGGAGGCAAGGCACUUAAGUCCACGCUACGUAAGCCAGCAGUGAAGAACAUGAGGAAGGCCCUGUAUUUGCAGUAUACAGUGGGAGUUCCGUUCUAUUAUGGUGUUACCGUAAUCGGAUAUUGGGCUUAUGGAACAAUGGUGUCGGCAUACCUUCCAGAAAACUUAAGUGGUCCCAAAUGGAUUAAUGUCCUCAUCAAUGCCAUCGUCUUUUUGCAGUCCAUAGUCUCCCAACAUAUGUUUGUAGCACCAAUUCAUGAGGCUUUGGACACUAAAUUCCUAGAAAUUGACAAGCCCAUGCAUUCAGGGGAGAACUUGAAACGCUUAUUUCUCCUACGUGCGUUUUUCUUUACAGGGAACACAUUCGUUGCUGCAGCCUUUCCUUUUAUGAGUGACUUUGUAAACUUUCUUGGCUCAUUUUCACUCGUUCCUCUGACCUUCAUGUUCCCUAGCAUGGUCUUCAUCAAGGUUAAGGGAAGAACAGCUAGAAUAGAGAAGAAGGCGUGGCACUGGUUCAACAUCGUUUUUUCUUUUCUGCUCACAAUUGCAACCACAAUUUCAGCAGUACGGUUGAUAGUCAACAACAUCCAAAAGUAUCAUUUCUUUGCAGAUGCAUGAUUGCUGAUAUCAUUCAGCUGUAUGGCUUAAUAUCGGUUUGAAUUAGGCCAGCAGUUAUAUAAUAUAAAAAAAAAUACUGUAUAUAUUCGGUGAGCUUGAAUAGUUAAAAGAAUCUUAAUAAAUAAAAUUAAGUUAAAAUGUAA